AUGUUGGCCAACAGUAGAAGGAGGUCAAUUUUCAGUAAGCUAUGGCCCAACCUUCUAAUCUCCGGCGACAGUGAGGCCGAUGCGAGAUCAGACAACGGAGGACAACUGCUCAAGAAAUUAAUUCCCAACAACAACACGCCAAAGCAUGUGCCAGACGACGUACCAGCUGCUAUCUUUGCCGACGAUAGUGGUCGGGGCGACGAUAGAGAACUGAUCAGGCUUUUCAAAUCCUGUGAAGUGAAUGGCAGAAUUCUCAUUCACGAAGGUCUAAUAAAUGCCAAAGACAUCGUGAGCUGCAUUGCGGGGGGGAAAUGCAAGUUAGUCGUGAAACCUCCCUCCUUGUCCAUUUUGCAGUGCCUGCUUGAAUCAGCGAAGUCCAACUCAGCUGGCUUGGUGAUCUUUGAUGAGGUGGAGUUAACAAAGACCAACUGGCCAAAGGACAGAAUAUUCGAGUGGUUUGUUGGACCUCUUUUAAUCAUGAAGGAGCAAAUAAAGCGACUUCAAUUGCAGGAAGACGAAGAAAUUCGCCUUAGAAAGCUGCUAAUGCAUUGCAAAAAUGACAGACCAGAGGAUUGGGACGAGAUUGGAUUUCCCCCCAGUUGUAGGGAAUUGUUAGCUGUAUCGCAUAUACCUACAUUUCAAAGGCGCUUCAAGAAUCUGGUGAAUUUGUUAUACAUAGAGGCAAUCGAGAUUGGUCUUAUUGUCUUGUAUGCCAAAAUUGAAGGUGCCACCAAGUCUAGCCAUGGCAAUGGCAGUAGAUGCAGUAAUGGUAGAGAUGACUCGAAUGAUGGGAAUGCAUGUCCUGAGAAUGAGCUUGGCUUUCAGAGGAAAGAGUGGCUUUACUUCAAAUCAAAGCAUUCUUCACCACAGGCGUUAACGUUGUUGUGGCACACCGUUUUCUGCCAUCAUGGCUUGAAAAGGGAGAUAAUGAUUGUUGUAGGUGGGAGAGAUCCUUUUGAGGAACUGGUAAAUCUGCACUUAUCUGGGAAUUGCUUUAGUUGUUGCCUUCACAACCAAGGUUUUGACAAGUUGAAGAGGGUGGAGGGUUUGAACCUUGCAGAGAAUGAUUUUGGAGACAACAUCUUUAGGUCAUUGGGUGCCCUCACAACACUCACAUCGUUGAACCUUAGUUGGAAUUCGAUUUAUGGCCGUCGUGGUGGUCUACAAGAUCUUACUAUGUUGAAGAAUUUAAAGGUCUUGGACUUGAGUGCAAACUAUGUGGAGGGGAGCAUUCCUCCGGCCAUUGGAAACUUGACUACUUUGGUUGCCUUGUCAUUGGCAGAAAACAAUCUCAUUGGAACUCUACCCAAUCAAGAAUUUUGUAAGCUAAAAAAUCUUGAGGAGUUGGAUCUUAGUCUUAAUUAUGGCUUAGAAGGAGUUCUUCCACCAUGCUUCACCAACUUGACCUCCCUCAGACUUUUAGACCUUUCAACAAACAAAUUCAAGGGAGAGAUUUCCUUUAUUUUUCCUAAUCUCAUAUCCCUUGAAUACAUCAGACUUGGCGAUAAUCACUUUGAGGGUAAAUUCUCUUUUAGCUUGUUAGCCAAUCACUCAAAAGUCAAACUGGUUGAAAUACUCAACAAUGACAACUUAGAGGUGGAAACUGAAGAUUCAAAUUGGGUGCCCGAGUUUCAGUUGGAAGUCUUGGUAUUGUCACGUUGUAACCUCAACAAGCAAAGCCUCCAAGUUCCAACUUUUCUUGCAUAUCAAAGCAUGCUAAAAGUAUUUGAUCUCUCCCACAACAAUCUGAGAGGAGGCUUCCCUGAUUGGGUAAUUAAGAACAAUUCACAACUCCAGGUUUUGAGACUAAGUAAUAACUCUCUUGAGGGGCAAUUGCAUUUUCAACCACAUCUUAAUACAAGUAUUUUGUGGAUGGAUGUAUCUGAAAAUCAACUUAGGGGAAGACUUGAAGAGAAUCUAGGAAGGAAGCUUCCAUAUAUGACUACCCUAAAUUUGUCCAGGAACCACUUUGAAGGAUUUGUUCCAUCUUCCUUUUGCAACAUGAGUGGAUUAGUUCAGCUCGAUUUGUCCAACAACUUCUUCGAUGGAGAAAUCGCCAAGGAAAUGGUUUCAGGAUGCCUCAAUAGUUUGGAAGUACUGAUUUUAUCCGGUAACAGAUUUCAUGGGCAAAUAUUCUCGACCGACUUUAACAUGACCACAUUAGGUGUUUUGCACUUGGAGGAUAACCAAUUUUCAGGAACAAUCACCAAUGCAAUCAGUACAAGUCAUUACUUGUGGUUGUUGGAUGCAAGCAACAACAAUUUUUCAGGUGAACUACAUUGGAUAAGUAACAUGACUCAUCUUAUCACCCUCCUCAUUCAAAAUAACUCUCUCACGGGUCGAUUUCCAUGCGAAAUUCCUGGAUUAAACCAUCUCGAUGUCUCUCAUAAUUCCCUUUCAGGAGCAUUGCUCCCUUGUAAAUAUGAAAUUAAUCAUUUACUUCUCCACUCCAACAAAUUCACUGGACCAAUACCUGAAACUCUUUUGCAUUGGCCAUUAUUGACAUUGAAUAUUAGAGAUAACAAUUUAUCUGGAAAUAUUCCAUCUGUAACUCGUGCAGAGAGUUUGAGGGUUCUUUUAUUAGGUGGCAAUCAGUUGAAUGGAUCUUUCCCAAAGCAGUUGUGUAGUCUAUCGAAGAUAAGUUUGCUUGACCUUUCACAUAAUAAUUUCUUUGGUGAAAUACCUGAAUGCAUCAACAAUAUUACCUUUGGAAAAACCAGGUAUGCCGAUUUUAACCAUGAUGAUGUUUCUAUAUUAUUCAUUGGUAGCAAAGUUGUCACAUUUGGGAACUUCUUGGUUAAACAGUACGAGAUAGUCCCAAGAUUAGUUGAAUACUAUGAACAAGUGACAGUAGACUUUGUUGUGAAAAAAAGGUCCAACUCUUACAAAGGUGACAUCCUCAACUACAUGUCUGGAUUGGAUUUGUCGUGUAAUAGCUUUACAGGUGAAAUCCCACAUGAACUAGGGGAACUCGAGUUGAUUCUUACAUUGAAUUUGUCUCGUAACCAAAUUAAAGGUCCUAUUCUCGCAUCAUUCUCAGGAUUGAGACAGUUGGAGAGUUUAGAUCUUUCUUACAACAAUCUAACUGGAAAAAUUCCUCCAGAAUUGAUUGAUCUUAAUUUUCUAGCUUUUUUCUCUGUGGCAUACAACAACUUAUCUGGCAGAAUUCCUGAGAUGAAAGGGCAAUUUGGGACAUUUGACGAAAGCAGCUAUGAAGGGAAUCCAUACCUUUGUGGUGAACUGCUAGCUAAUAAAUGCAACAAGAUAAUUGAGCCAAACCCUCCAACACCACCCUCAGAAUUCAUAAGUGAAGCAAAGUGGUACGAAUUUGACAUGUUGAUUUUUUGGGUAGCUUUUAUUGUUGCUUUUAUCAUUUUCUUCUUAGGAGUGGUAAUUUCACUAUAUGUUAAUCCUUAUUGGAGUAGAAGAUUGUGGAACUUUGUAGAUGAUUGCUAUUAUGCAUGCUAUUUUAAGUUUUGUAUGUAA